UGAUAACCGAUCUCAGGAAACAUUCACCAGUUGCCUUCACAUUACUAUCAUUCACUCUUCAGUACCACACAAUGGAUGAAACGUCCCAGCUUCUCUUAAAUCAGCCGGUCGUGAUAGACAAUGGCUCGGGCUCCAUCAAAGCCGGUUUUGCAGGCGAAGAAAGACCAAAGAGCUAUGCUCCGUCCAUAAUCGGAAGACCCAAAUAUUCCAGGGUGAUGGCAGGAGCUUUGGAAACAGACACAUUCAUCGGAAACCAGGCACAGGAGAAUCGAGGGCUCCUCAAACUCAGCUACCCCUUGGAGCACGGGAUGGUGACGAAUUGGGACGACAUCGAGCGGUUGUGGUCCUAUGUGUUCCGCCACGAUUUAAACACCGCCACGGAAGACCACCCCGUGUUGCUCACAGAGGCCCCCUUGAAUCCGAAGCUGCAUCGCGAUCGAUGUGCACAGAUCUUCUUUGAAACGUUCAAUACCCCAGCUUUGUACGUUUCAAUCCAGGCAGUGUUGGCAUUAUACGCCUCUGGUCGCACGACUGGCGUGGUUCUCGACAGCGGGGAUGGGGUGACGCAUGUGGUGCCGGUGUAUGAGGGGUUUUCCUUACCGAGCGCAAUCAGACGGGUGGACAUCGCUGGACGAGAUGUGACAGAGCAUUUGCAGUUGUUAUUAAGGAAGAGUGGCUAUGCGUUACAAACAUCAGCCGAGAAAGAAAUCGUGCGGGCGAUCAAAGAAAAGUUCUGCUAUCUUUCCCCUGAUCCCGUCAAGUCCGAAAAGGAGUGGGAGACGUUACGGUUCAUUAACACGACUGCCUCAGAUGAUACAUCGAUGUACAGUAGCUACAAGUUACCGGAUGGACAAAUAUUGAAGAUAGGGCCGGAGCGGUUUAGAGCACCAGAGAUCCUCUUCAAGCCGGAUUUGAUUGGCUCAGAGUGUUCAUCCGUGCCUGAAAUUCUCCAAGAGUCAAUCCAGAAGGUGGAUUUGGACUUGCGCGCGGCGUUGUAUCUGUCGGUAGUGUUGAGCGGAGGCACUACGCUCACCAAGGGGUUUGGCGACCGGUUACUCGCUGAGUUGAAGAUAAUUAGCCCGAAGGGCAUGAAGAUUAAAAUCUACGCGCCACCCGAGCGAAAGUACAGCACAUGGAUUGGUGGCUCUAUCUUGGCGGGACUCUCCACGUUUAAGCGCAUGUGGGUCAGUGCUGCUGAGUACGAGGAGAACCCGGAUAUUAUCCAUGCCAAGUGUCUAUAGGGGAUAACAUAUUGGGUAUUGACGGUAUAUAGAUAUAAAAUUGAUCAACCCAGAAUUUGUGUGUUUUCUAUUAAUGCAUAGAAACUACAUGGAUUUGUAUGAAUAGUUUCCACAUGAGCAAUGAGAUUGAUACACCUAGGCAUUGGUGCUAGCAAACUUUUAAG